AUGCUACCAAUACUUGACGAUGUGGAACCACCUAGAGCUGUUCCCGUACCCGUCCAACACCUGAAGUCAGAAUACGUAAACGUGAACAACAACGAUACCCAGUACCUCCUCAAAGAGUUCGAAACCGUUUACGAUGUCGUCGAAUUUGCUCAUGGCACUCUAACACCUCCUCAAAGUCCGCCCAGCCAGCAGCCCAUGCUAACAACCUUGGAACCGCUUCUUCAAUACUCCGCAACCGUUCCUGGCGACGCGAAGCCCAUCUACGCGCAACCCGAAAAGCAAUUUCUAUCUGAUAACUAUGCCCUAACUGAACAAGUAGUCUACGCAUCGGUUAAUACACCUCAACCUGAUAUCGCUCAUGAACUGGCGGUUGUAGAUGAGUUAGUAAGAACCCGCGUAGAACACAUGCAAGGCAGCAGCAGCAGUAGUAGUAGCGGAUGCAGUAGUCCUAGAUCACCAAGCAGCAGCUUCGAAGAUUGCUCUUCUGAUGAUCCCGAAUGGGUUCCAGAACCCAUCGAGGACUACGGCGAUGGUAGCUCGCCCAAGCUAUCCAGAAAGCGAUCGCGACCUUAUUCAAAGCAUCCUCCGGAAGAGAAGAAGGUUCGUAAGAAGGAACAAAACAAGAAUGCAGCUACGAGGUACCGUAUGAAGAAGAAGGCCGAGAUAGAAACGAUACUUCUGGUUGAGAAAGAUCUGCUGGAUAAGAAUACAGAUUUGGGGAGCAAGAUUACUGAUUUGAAUCGCGAAAUUAACGUUCCGGAAGAAAGUGAAAAGUUCAGUUCUGGAUUGCAUGAAAAAGCCACUAAUUCCAAUUCUUCCAUUAGUAUUGGUAGUAGUUCUACAUCAACAUCAUUGGAGGUGCAAAAUGCUCAAAAUUUGACCAGGACUGGAUCAGGUGAAAUUGAUAUUGGGCAUUAUGUCAAUGAUAAGGUCAAUAUAUCAGAUUUUGACAAAUAUCAAAUCUUAAAAAAAGCUUUCGUUCCUGAAAAAAGUUACACUUUUCCUUACUCUGUCCAUUCUAAAAACAAAAAGGAUGUUAAGUGCUACUUGUCUCAAAAUCAUUUUUCUUCCUUUGCUUGGCUAACAUAUUCUAAAAGUUUAAAUGGUUUGUUUUGUAAGUGUUGUGUUCUAUUUGCCAAAUUUGGUGGUAUUCAUAAGGCCACGGGGCUUCAAAAACUUGUAUUUAGUCCAUUACAAAAAUAUUCAAAACUUUAUGGAAAAGACGGUGAUCUAACUCGUCAUAACGAUUGUUCCUAUCACAAAGAUGCUAUGCUUCUUUCUGACAAUUUUAAAAAUACUUAUGAAAACCGGGAUCGGGAGAUUGUAAAUAUUUUAAAUGUCAAGCGCAUCGAACAAAAUCGAAAAAAAAUUAAAGCUCUUCUAGGAACAAUACAUUUUUUAGGAAAACAAAAUAUUCCUUUAAGAGGUCAUUUAACUAAAUCUGAGUUAACCGAUUCGUCGGAUGUAAAUGAAGGAAAUCUCAAAAAAAUUUUAAGGUAUCGUAUACAAACAUCUGGUGAUGAUGUUAUUUUAAAAAAUCACUUCGAAUCGGCCUCCUCGCGAACCAAAUAUGUAAGUGUUUCUAUUCAAAAUGAACUCAUUAAAUGCUGUGGGGAAGAAAUAUUGUCGCUUAUAGUUGAAAAAGUCAAUAAAUCUAAAUACUUUAGUAUAAUGUUUGAUGAAACGACAGACAUCAGUAAUAUUUCUCAAAUGUCGAUUGUAAUAAGGUAUUUAGAUAACAGUCUUAACUUAAGGGAGGACUUUCUUGGGUUUGUUGACUGUCAUACAGAAAACUAUGAUGAAUGUACCAAAGAGCCAAAACUUUCAGGUGAAAUUCUCGGGAAUACUGUGAUAUCAUUCAUUGAAAAAUUGGGUUUACCUUUUGAAAAUUGUGUGGGCAUAGGUACUGACACUUGCAGUGUCAUGUUGUCGGAACAAAAGGGUGCUGUUUCACAAGUCCAAAAAUCGAUGAAAAAUGCGGUCAAGUGUCCGUGUUAUAAUCACUCCCUAAAUCUAUCAAUCUCAAAAGCAAGUACGGUACAAGAUAUUAGAAAUUGUGUUGGUAUAAUAAAGGAAAUAAUAAAUUUUUUUAAAGCUUCUCCUAAAAGAGCAAAAGUUCUCGAGUUAGUUAACAAUAAAGAAUUAAUAAGUUUAUGCGAAACUCGUUGGGCCGAGCGCCAUGAUACCGUAUUAAGAUUUCAAUCAUGCUUUGAGAAGAUAAUUGAAACUUGGGAAUUAAUUGCCCAGUGGAAUGAUAAAGACAGUUCAUCCAAAGUACGUUCGUUCGUAGAUUCUCUUUUAACAACACAAUUUAUGAUAUCUUUACACUGCUUGUCUUAUUUUCUAAGUUUAACGAAUAGCCUAAGCAAACUCUUACAAACCAAAUCACUUGACAAAAAUAAAGCACAAACCUUAGUUAACGAUAUUCUUUCUUUACUAAAUGAAAAAAGAAAAAACGUUGAUUCUUGUUUUUCCGGGAUAUUUAAAGACGUAAAAAAUCUUCACAAAAAAAUGAACUUAAAUUUGAUGAUGCCUCGAAUUACCCUAAGGCAAAAACAUCGAGUUAAUACUCCAGGAGAUUCUAUUGAAGAAUACUUCAGAAGAAGUAUUUUUAUUCCUCUUUUAGACAACGUGAUUGAAGAUCUUACAUUUCGAUUUCAUAAUGAAUUGUACAAAAUUCUUAAUAUAAAUAGUUUAAUUCCAUCAAAUAUCAAAUUGGAUAUGAAUAUGGAUUGUUCUUUAAUAAAAGAAAACGUAGCAGAAUAUUUAUCAAAUUUCACGAACGAAAGCAAAGAUUUUUUAUUGUCUCUCUUAAAUGCCGAGUUUGAACUUUGGUUUAAAAAAUGGGUAACUGUCACUGAUGAAAAUCUUCCUAGUUCGGCCAUAUCUGCUUUACAGCUUUGCGAUAAGGAUACUUAUCAAAAUGUGUACUUGGCUGUGUAUUUAAUCUCUACCAUGCCUGUGAAUGUAGCAAGCUCCGAAAGAAGUUUUUCAACUCUUAAAAGGUUGAAAACGUGGCUUAGGUCAACCAUGGGCCAAGAAAGGUUAGUGGCCUUAGCACUGCUACAUAUAGAUUUAAACAUAGAUGCUGUUCUAGAUAGAUUUGCCAAAAUUAAAAAGAGGCAUAUAGAUUUGAUUUUAUAA